AAAAAUAGAAAAGAAAAGCAUUUUGUCUAUACAGAACUAAAACACGACACAACUAAACACGUAUAAAUACCGGACACAAUCGUAAUUUUAACCCUAAGGACUUUGUUGCAUACGAGUCACUCUAACCAUUUUGUCUUGUACGGGUAAGGCUGUCCCAAUUCUUUUUCUAUUUUUAUUCUUAAACAUAUUAGAUUAAAAAAACAAACAAACGGUUUGGUAAAUAUAUAGCAAUUAAAAUGGAAAAAAAGAGACAUACUUCAGCUCUACAUCAAGUCAGUGGCUGUGAUGUCGUCACGUGAUCUCGUGCAGCACCCCCGUGUAGGCGGAACCAGAGCGGAACAGCGAGUCAGCUGUCUGUGAUGUAGAUUUCGAGGACUAAAAACCUCCUAUAUUUCUUCAUAUUCGAGGAGAUUGGACUCCAUUAAGGUUUGUAAAAGAGCAUUUUUAAACGAUCAGGAAACCGACGGUUAAGUCACGGGAAAGCUGCCGCAUCGGGGAAAUGUCUGCAGACUCCGGAAACAGAAACACGAACACGGAACCAUGGGGAAGCUUCGAUGACAACCUCAUCCAGGUUAGCUAACAUGCUAACAAAACCGCUUAACUGUUAUUACCAGCAUACCAACUAGUAUCCAGCCUGCUAUGUAACAUGCAGACCAGCUACAGCAGAACUAUCGGUCUUUUUUAGAUAUAGACAGGGAAGUAGACCUGUUACAUUUGGUGAGCAGUCUGGACAGCUUCACCGACAACACUGAGCACUAACUACGACCAGAAUAACAAGCUCAUACUGAUCUGUAGAGACAAUUAACAUGCACUCUGUGCUAUAGCGUCUACAAACUGUCAGAGGAGACAAGUAUAUGACACGGCAUCUACGAUGAUGACAACAGGACAGGUAAACAAUAAACAUACACCCGAGUGAAGUGUGAAGAAGUUUUGACCCCGACCUCUAGAUACUUUUGAGAUGAGCAUACCGCCAGACAUCUGUUUAAAUGUCUCCAUCAACCCAAUAAUAAAUAAUAAGCUUAUUCUGCUGCUCCUUUUGGACUAUUUACUUAGACCGCCAAUGGCGCUUAUAAAUACAAUGUAUCACUUUUAUUAUUAUUAUUAUUAUUAUUAUUAUUAUUAUUAUUACUAUUAUUAUUAUUAUUAUACUGCCAAUAAUGAGAGAGCGGUUGGCCGUCAUAUCAAACCAAUAUCCCAAUGUUAAAUGUUGCUGUUAAAAAAGUCAUAGCCAUGAUUACAAGAACAUUAAGAUGUGUUAUAUACAUGGUUUUCUUAACUGGUAACCAUAGAUUUUUCUCACCCUUCUUGUUUUUUUUUCCCUUGAAUUUGUAAAAAAACAAAUACAUUGAGUAGUGUUAGAUUUCAGAGCAUGGCUGAUAUUAUUGCCAGAGGCAAUAUUGAACUGUAUUAUUAUUAUUACUGUAUUAUUAUACACACCAUCAUAGAAUUUAUACUUAAUCUAGCCAUCUUAAUCUUCCUUUCUUACCCAAAGUCCGCUUAGAGGGUCCAGAUCAGGGACCAAAUGUUUACAUUGUUGCGUUUUGCAUUUGGUUCGGUUAGCAUUCACAUGGGACUUUUGCUAAGUGAACCAACUGGUUAAAAAAAGAGGGGAAAUUACAAGGGAAAAUCACUGUCUGUCACCUGCUCAUUUGGGGCACAAUCUUUAUUGUCCCACAACACACAGAAAGUAGCCGACCAGAGAACUAUAGGUGUCUUGCUUCAUGCAAUUUGCCAGAGGUGGCAGAGAUGUGCGAGGAGAUGCCAGGCAUUAAUGAAAAGGACUGCCUAUAACACAUUGUUAGCGUGUUUGUUUAACAAAAGAAGACCCAGAUAUCUAUUUUUUUAUCACCUGACUAUUGUAUUAGAACACAAACCCUCCACCAAUUGUUAAGUUUUAUGGACAGUCCAGUGUUUUGACCAGCUGUUCUCUGUCUGCUGCAACCUGUGGCCGGGUAUAAUUUCCUGGCUUUCUUACAGUUUAAAUGUAUCACUGGUUAUUGACAUACUAAAAGUCUGGCUGCAUCAGCGCUGCAGACCGGACCAUGGUUUGUUUGGAAGGGGACCGAGUCCUGCAUUUUCAAGAGGACCAUGGUCUGUUUGUUUGAUCCAGACCACAGUGUGCUUGCGUGUUCAUACUACCCGGACCAAAGGAGUAAGGGGACCAUGGUCCUUUUAGAACGAACCAAACAGUCCUGGUAAGAAUGCCCCCUUAGGGCUCUAUUUUCGUGCUUCGCCGGAGACGUGGCGCAGGCGCAGCGCAAGUCAGGUUUGCCGCACCGACAAGGUGUUCCCAAGCACAAUUUGGUAUUUUGGUGAGCAGCGCAGCCCGGCGUAAGUAUUCCCCCUCCCUAACUCAGCUCCUCCCAGCGGCGUAAGUCGUAGCGAGGGAGGAGAGAGGGCGUGGAGUGGGUUUAACACAGGCGAGACCUGUAUUGAUCAAUAACAUCAGCUCCUCUCCUCACUCAUCUGAUCACCGAAACAGAUCAUCUGUUCAGCCACCGCAGCAGCAGCUGCAGCAGAACGGAUAGAGGACAUGGAGACAUGUCCAGGUCGAGCUGCUUGAGAAAUAAGAGGAAUAGGAAGAAAGAAAAGGAGGGAGACGAAUUACAUAUCUUGUUAACUUCAUCAUGUGUGUUUAUUUACUAGAUAUUUAAUUUAAUUUAAUUUAAUGCGGUUUCAGCUGUGUUGAUUUGGUCAGGUUGUGUGUCCAAACGCGUGCCAGAUGUGCUCAUCAGAUCAGAUAUAGAUCAGAAUAUAUCAAUAUAGAUCUAAAUGUAUGUGCUGACUCAGAUUAUUGGUUGUUGUUGAUUAUUUAUUGCACUGAUAUGUGCCUGACACUGCGGAAACCUGCCGGUGAGGCAUCGGUGACGUAUGCUGGUACGCCGCCGGUCUACCAAAAUACCUCUAGACCAGCUGUGCUACGCCUGCGCUGAAAGCUGACCAGGUUUGAAUCGGCGAGCCUUCAGCGCACUUUACACGGCGGCAGCAAGCACGAAAAUGUCACUGCACCAGCUGAUUCUGUCGACACCUCCCCCUGCCACGCCACCAAACCCAGCUUGGCGGACCUCAGUGCGCCUCAGUCUAAGAAAAAUACCAAACUGGCUGUACACUGGGCUCCACCAGAUGAAAAUACCACUGCGCUGGGUCCACCACCCUCUGCCGCAUCCCCAGCGGACACGAAAAUAGAGCCCUUAAAGUUACAGAUAUGGUACCAAGCAAAUAGUGCAGAUAUACUCAGUUACACACAGAAGCCCUGCAGUUCAAACCUCACCUUAGCCUUUAUUACACGUAUUAUAGUCCUGAAUAUUUAAAGCAGGGUUUUUCCUGCGUUCAAAAUUGCGUGGCGGCCGCCUCCACCUAAUUUUGUGCCGCCCCCAGCCAGAGCGAUUGAUUUCACUCAACACAGCGUAAAGCUCCAGCUGUGUUGAUUGAGCGAUUGAUGUCCCUCUGCAGCAGCAACGUAUUCUAACUGCAGUUGCAGCGUUGCGCCACUAUAGAGGCGCUAUAUCAACAGCAGUGCACCGGAAAGACCUGAAGCAUCUACCGAAGAAGAAACGGAUCGACUCAUGUUUUUUCAAGUUUUUUUCCCGCUAGUUGGUGCUAUCGGCGUCCUGAUUUUCCCUGGCGGAUGGUACAAACAGGUAAAUACUGCUUGUCUUUUUUGCAUCCAAGCAUGUCGUGUUUAUUAAAACAAAAAGUUUCCUCCGUUUUUUAGCGUUGCAGAUAUGACAGGCAAAAUCAGCCAGUACUUUAGAAAGCGACCUCGCAAGGAGGAAAGUCAAGAGUCCAGGUGAAACACAGCAGAGAAAAAACGGGCAGUUAAAUGCUAUAUUUCAUGGUGGUGUAAACGUGGAAAUUUGUGUCAGGUCUGAAAGUACUUCACAAGGGACUGGUGAUCGCGAGGGUAAGAAUGCAGGACAGGACGAGUCGGCGAGGCGAGGGUAAUUAAUUAAUUAGUUUCCAAUUAGGAGCAUAACAACGCAAAACCAACGUGUACGUGGUUUUUAUUCCUCUUUCUAUAACUUCUCAAAAACACAGAGCCAGUGGCUUUGAAAAGCAGUGGCUCAAUCAAUUUACCUGGCUCAGGCAUACUGAGGAAGGCAUGCGCUGCUAUUUAUGCCAAAAGCACUGUGCCCCAACACAGCAGGCAAUUGCUGCCUCCUUAGUGAGACAGCCAUCAACCAACUACAGGCUGGACACAUUAAAAAGACAUGAGGUGACAGCCAUUCACAAAGCAGCAGAAGAGAAGGAGAAGUAUAUUAAAGAUGGUAGUACCUAAAAAAAAACCUCAACUAAUAAAGUUACAAAAACUAAAAUAACAUAGUUUAGAUAGUUUAAGAAAUAAUUGGUUGUUGUUCUUUUUUGGGAGGACACUCCAGCGUAUACAUAUAAAUAAUAUAUGAUUGAAAACACUAUCACUCUUCAUGUCUGUAUCAGAAUAAAAACAAAAAUACUUAAUGCAUGAUGAAUUGUGUUUUUUAAGAUGAAGACACCUCUGCGGAACAGACUGAAGGAGAGGCACUUGGAUGUCUGUUGUAAGGUGGCCGUUGAUGGACCAGACCAGGAGGCCUUGGACUACAAGGAGUGCAUGAGGAGGUUCUACAGAAUGAAAAAGAGGAGGCUGAAAUGUUCUGUCUGGUUGCGAGAUGUGUGGAUGAAGUGUACUUUCAAUUUAAAGUUGCCAGCUGAUUUGUGUAUGUAUAUAGUUUUAAUAAAUGAAUGCUUUAACAUGAUAAUGGUCACACUCUUUUUUGAACUCUUAACUUAAAGUAUGUUGCCUGUAAAAGAAAGUGAGUCAGUUGAAUUUACAAAUACAUGCACGUCAUGGCGCAUGGUCAGGAUGGUGCCACCUCUGCCUCAAUUUGAGCCAGGAAAAACCCUGUUAAAGUAUCACUGUGCUCAAUAUUUAAAGUAUGAUAAUCCUGAAUAUUUCAAGUAUCAUAGUGUACAGUGGGUACGGAAAGUAUUCAGACCCCUUUAAACUUUUCACUCUUUGUUUCAUUGCAGCCAUUUGCUAAAAUCAGAAAAGUUCAUUUUAUUUCUCAUUAAUGUACACUCAGCACCCAAUCUUGACAGAAAAAAACUGAAAUGUAGAAAUCUUUGCAAAUUUAAAAAAAAAAGAAAAACUGAAAUAUCACAUGGUCAGAAGUAUUCAGACCCUUUGCUGUGACACUCAUAUUUGACUCACAUGCUAUCCAUUUCUUUUGAUCCUCCUUGAGAUGGUUCUACUCCUUCAUCGGAGUCCAGCUGUGUUUAAUUAAACUGAUUGAAAUUGACUAGGAAAGGCACACACCUGUCAGACCUUACAGCUCACAGUGCAUGUCAGAGCAAAUGAGAAUCAUGAGGUCGAAGGAACUGCCCAAGGAGCUCAGAGACAGAAUUGUGGCAAGGCACAGAUCUGGCCAAGGUUACAAAAGAAUUUCUGCGGCACUCAAGAUUCCUAAGAGCACAGUAGCCUCCAUAAUCCUUAAAUGGAAGAAGUUUGGAACGACCAGAACUCUCCCUAGACCUGGCUGUCCAGCCAAACUGAGCAACUGUGGGAGAAGAGCCUUGGUGAGAGAGGUAAAGAAGAACCCAAAGAUCACUGUGGCUGAGCUCCAGAGAUGCAGUAGGGAGUAGGGUUGGGUAUCGAGAAUUGAGUAUCGAUGGGGACUAACAUUUCGAUUCUUCCGGUAUCGUUCAAAUAUUAAAAUUUUUGAUUCCAAGUUUCGAUGCUGGAGUCCGCCGACCGGAAGAAAUAGCUGCCGAAAAUCAACGAAGAAGAAGCCGCUUAACACCAAUGUGGACGGAGCGUAUGAGACGAAGCCACACAGAAAGUGAAAAGAGACAGAGAGAAAGUACAUUGCAACCCACAGCAAUGCAGCCACUGUGGGUUACAAUGCACUCUCUCUCUCUGUCUCUCUCCUCUCUCUGUGUGACUUCGUCUCAUACGCUCCGUCCUCGUUGGUGUUCGGCAGCUUCUUCUUCGUUUGUCAAAAGUUUGGCUAACUUUAGCAGGAAGAAUGAACUCUUAUCUCAAUGCAACAUUAGCAAUACAGUUAUAUCAUGCAAAGGAGGGCAAACGACCAACAUGAUUAAACACCUCAGGAUUCAUGGAGGAGAAAUACCCGAGUGCUCGUCUUUGAUGCGCUUUGCCGGUGUUGUGCCAUAGAAUGAACCCCUGCCGUUGAAUGCACCCCUGACGGGAGCGUGGUUGAAAGUACACAACAAGGCGAAACAAUCCAAGUUUUCCUUACAGUUGAACAGAAUCUUAAGUGUGUGCCUUUAAUGAUUUCAUUCAGGCUAUUCAGAUAUGCCGAAAACAAUAGCCCUCUGAUUCUGAAUAUUUACUGUCCUGAAAAUAUAAUGUUCUCUACCUUAACAGCUUACUGUACAGUUUAUAUACCCAAGUACACCUCUAUGUGUGCAUUUUUGAGACACAUAAAAACAAAACGAAAGUUAACUGCUCCAUUUGACAUGUUUUCAUCAUCUAAUACUCGUGUUUUUUUUAAAUAUGAGAUCAUUGUCUUCCACUUUAAGAAGCUAAUGAGUGGAGGGGAGGCAUUCUACGGAAGGGGUGCAUUCUACCGCACAACACCUUUCUUCCGCUAACCAGUCAGGAUCAGAUAAGUGAAACAAUAAAUUACUUCUGUGCUCUGCCAACAUUGAAGCGGUAAACAAAUUGUACUGAGUACGGUGAGCAAACUUAAAUAUCCAACUAACGUUAGCCCUUGUACUUUUUCAUAGACAAACGACCUGACAACAAAAAUUGAUAUAUACUGGUUGAAAAUAGCCCUGUGAGAAAUUCAUAGUAAAGUUCUUAAAAAGUUAAUAUGAUUUAAAAAUUCAUGGAGAAGUUCAGAAAUUUCAUCUAAAAAGAAGAACUCUGGUUAGCGCCCUCAUCCAACCUUUGCUUUUUUUUUUUUUUUUUUUGAUAUCCUGCCUUUUAAAAGAAUUGAAAUAGGGAAUCGAUAAAUCGGAAUCGUUCAAAAUCAAACGAUACCCAACCCUAGUAGGGAGAUGGGAGAAAGUACCACAAAGUCAAAUAUUACUGCAGCCCUCCACCAGUCGGGGCUUUAUGGAAGAGUGGCCCAACGAAAGCCUCUCCUCAGUACAAGACAUAUAAAAGCCCGCAGAGAGUUUGCCAAAAAACACAAGAAGGACUCACAGACUAUGAGAAAUAAGAUUCUCUGGUCUUAUGAGACCAAGAUGGAACUUUUUGGCAUUAAUUUUAAGCGGUAUGUGUGGAGAAAACCAGGCACCGCUCAUCACCUGCCCAAUACAAUCCCAACAGUGAAACAUGGUGGUGGCAGCAUCAUGCUACGGGGGUGUUUUUCAGCUGCAGGGACAGGACGCUUGGUUGCCAAGUACAGAGAUAUCCUGGAAGAAAACCUCUUCCAGAGUGCUCAGGACCUCAGACUGGGCCGAAGGUUCACCUUCCAACAAGACAACGACCCUAAGAGCACAGCUAAAAUAACAAACAAGUGGCUUCGGAACAACUCUGUGACCGUUCUUGACUGGCCCAGCCAGAGCCCUGACCUAAACCCAAUUGAGCAUCUCUAGAAAGAUGUGAAAAUGGCUGUCCACCAACAUUCACCAUCCAACCUGACAGAACUGGAGAGGAUCUGCAAGGAAGAAUGGCAGAGGAUCCCCAAAUCCAGGUGUGAAAAACUUGUUGCAUCAUUCCCAAGACUCAUGGCUGUACUAGCUCAAAAGGGUGCUUCUACUCAGUACUGAGCAAAGGAUCUGAAUACUUCUGACCAUGUGAUAUUUCAUUUUUUCUUUUUUAAUAAAUUUGCAAAAAAUUUCUACAUAUCUGUAUUUUUUCUGUCAAGAUGGGGUGCUGAGUGUACAUUAAUGAGAAAUAAAAUAAACUUUUCUGAUUUUAGCAAAUGGCUGCAAUGAUACAAAGAGUGAAAAGUUUAAAGGUGUCUGAAUACUUUAUGUACCCACUGUAGAUACCAUAGACUGUAUAUAGAAUGGAUGUCGUCUGCCUCCUCACUGGGUGAAGCCAUGGCAAGAACAGCACCCUCUGGUGACGGGCUGCAGUAUAGGUCAUAAAUUCGCCUCCUCUAGCAAACUUUAUGGAGCUGUGGACAAACUUUAGAAAUUAAUUACACAGAAUAUAAAUUUUUCUCCCCCUGGUCAUGAUGUUGACAUGUAGUUACUGUAAAGGUCCUUACACACCGGGGCCGACGUGAAUAAAGAAUGCGAAAUUACAAAAUAUUCGGAGGAGAAUUUUGACACCCCUGAUUAUACGCAUCAAGCCCGAUGCAAUUUUGCGACUUUCCGGGGGGGAAAAGACGCAUCUCGGGUGGAUGUGAGAAGACUGACACAACAGCAGACUGACUGUUUUUCAGUUCUGAGUAGACACUAGUGUUGAGAUGUCUGUCUGUCAUGAUAGCAUGUACUGAGUCGGGCCAGUGCCAGAUAAGCACAUUAAAUUUUAAUCCAUAAACAUAAGGUAACAACCAAGACCUAAUGGUGCUGUGACAGCAACGUGUAGUGAAAAUACAGAUGGUAUGUAUCUGAACAGGUUGGCUUAAGAGCUAAAGUUACAGAGCACUGAUGAAAGUUAAAACAAAGACGUUCAGCAAACUGUUAAAGCACACAAACCAUGGUCAUAUGAGAAACCCGACGCUAUGACUCUCCACAAAUUGUCCUUCAGGUUGUUAUCUUUGUAAUAUUUGUGUCUUUUAUUAAAAAGCACUUUCUUCUCCGACAUGUAAAUGAUCAGCCAGUCGGCUAUGUUGGAUAUACCGGUGAGUCAGACGUCAGAACAACACACAAUCUGAUUGGUCAGAUGUGGACACACAGUAUGCGAAACUUUAGAAAAAUCGUCCAUGAUCUGAAAAAAUAAAUGCCACAAUAUCGCAGGACGGGAAAACGUCGCUGAUGUGGACGCUUGUAUUGACAGGAUACGGCUUCAAAAAAAAAUAUUGACAUCCGAAAUAAUCGCACGACAAAAGCAGUCCCGGUGUGAAAGGAUCUUAAGACUGGUUUGUGCUCCUCUUUUUUCUGUACAGCUCCAUUUUAAAAGUUAUUAGGGGGUUCAUGUUUUUUAUGAUUGACACUUGAUACAGCCUAUGGGCGUACGAAGAUUGUGUACCUCACCUGGGGGAUACGCUGUUUGAGCAGAGCAUCAUCACAGCGACUCUCCUGCCGAAUGCAUACAAUGCUACUGCGCAAGUGGUGGUUCCAGGAAGUGGAAAAAAAUCCAAAAUCACAGAGAGAAAUUUUGCUUCAAGUUUGUAGUAUGACAGAAGGCAGAGCCAAGUUGUCCAUACAGUCUAUGAUAGGUACAGCUGUAUUACUUCAAGUCACAGCAUUACUGUGCUGAUUAGAUGAUGAAAUCAGCCCUCUCCUGUAUAUCCUUUGUUAUAUCACUCUGUUCCAUUGGUGGUGUGUUAAGGGCAGCAGCUCAGCUGUCGUUGACAUGGAGAACAUGGACGACACAUCAGGCUCCAGCUUCGAGGACAUGGGGGAGAUGCACCAGAGGAUGAAGGAAGAGGAGGAGGUGGCAGCCGAGGCAGCCGCUGCUGAGGAUGACACAAGUGAAGAUGGAGAGUUUCUGGGAAUGAAGGGGAUCAAGGGGCAGCUGGGUCGACAAGUGGCUGAUGAGGUGAGUUGAGGUCUGAUUUCAAAGUUUUAGCUUACUGUCACAGUGGAUCUGCCUCAACUUGUGUGAAAUGUUCAGGUGUGGAAAGCAGGGAAGCAGCAAGCCUCCAGAGCAUUCAACCUGUACGCCAACAUCGACAUCCUCAGGCCGUAUUUUGACGUGGAGCCAGUGCAGGUCCGCAGCAGGUACUGUUCUCUGCUUCUUAUUUCCUAUCAGCUGUUUUCUGUUUCCUGAUGCUAACUCCUGCAAACUGUCACCUCUCAGGCUGAUUGAGUCCAUGAUACCAGUUCGCAUGAUCAACUUCCCCCAGGUACUCCCUUCCAACAUCUUCUCUUUAUCAUGUUGUCUCUUUAUAAGAUCAAAAUGAUACAGGGACAGGUUUAAACUCAAGCUUGGACUGAUCCUGCAGACAUAUGUUAGUCUAGUUCAAGCCUCCUUUUCCAAAAUAAGAGCUUUUUUCCCCCUCUUCAUUUACAUUAAAUUAAAUUAAAUUAGAUACAACUUUGUUUAUUCUUUUUUGAAGGUUCCUUAAAGAAAAUUAAAAAUUAGAAAUUACUGUGGUACUCUGACUUGGGUUUAGGUCCAGGUUCAAGGUCCAAGCUGACAUCAUAGUUCAGAUUCAGUUUCUGUAUCAGGCCAAGGUUCAGGUGAUGGUAGAGGCUCAAGCUCAGUCCUCUUACAAUUUCAUGCCACAUGUGCAGAAAAUUGCAGGUGAGCUGUACGGUCCUCUGAUGCUGGUCUUCACACUGGUGGCGAUCCUGUUGCAUGGCAUGAAGACAUCAGGAACAGUCAUUGUAAGAACACACACGCACUGACACACUUGUGAGCCUCAGUUAAAGUGUUUGGUGUUGGUCAUGUUUUUCUUAAAUAGCUGCCAAAGUUAACACUGCAGUGUUACUGACACACGGUGUGUUUGUGUGUGUUACAGAGGGAGGGGACCCUGAUGGGAACAGCUAUAGGAACUUGUUUUGGUUACUGGCUCGGUGUUUCCUCCUUCAUCUACUUCUUGGCAUACCUGGUUAAUGCUCAAAUCACUAUGCUGCAGACACUCUCCCUGCUGGUCAGUAUUUUGAAAGCAACACACAGUACACACACAGUACAUUCACAGUACACACACAGAACAUUCACUGUACACUAGGGUUGGGCUGUAAUAACGUAAUAAGGUAUACCGGGGGUGUCAAAAGCAACGGUAUCAGUUUCAAUACUGUCAAAGCGCCGGCGCUAUCUUUUGUAUACCCGGAGUGUUAUUACUGUAACUCCGUCAAAGUUUGUCCGAUGAGAAAUAAUUCAACAGUGUUGGAAAGCUUAGAAUUGUGGGCAUUCGCCUAUACAGGAUUUACUACGAUAGUUGUAACCACGUGAGGUAAGCAGUUAUUGCAAAACAUAGGAAGUAUCAGCAGAGCGCCACACAGCUUCUCAAUACUGUAACUCCUUAAAAGUUUGCUCAAUCUUAAAAAUUCCAACGCUGACAGACAGCCGAGUAUCUGUGCUUUCUGUCAAUAUAUGAUGUAUGGUUUAUAUUACGAUAAACUUGAACGGUACUACCAAAACCACAACUUUGACAGAAGAUGAGGAAGAAAGGGAGAGUGGAGUAAGAGCGUGAAGUCAGGCAGAGCAAGCAAAAUAGUAUUUUUUUUUUAGUAAUAUAGUAAUAGAUAGAAGUAAAUAGUAGUAAUAAAUAGGUGACCGUGAGAGAUGGAAACAAUUCUAACCUACGAAAGUAUCUUCGAAUCAACCACCCACUCACUGCUGCGAGGAUGCAUUUGGCCCUGAGUUCGCUCAGUGCAGCAGUUUCACUGUUACCGCUGAUACCAAAUCAGGACCAAAAACAAGUCCGCCUCCACAGCGGACAAUAAUGAGGGCCUUAGGGAAAAAACAAAGCACAAAAGGGACCGUGUCCAUUGGAAAACCUGCACUGAUGCAGUGACAAAAUAAGAAGGAAAUGGUCUUCUUCCAUGUGGUGAAAAAGAAGUAUUCUGCGCAAAAACUGUGCUGGAUGGUCAGGUUAAUUUAAUUGUUUUACUGUUGUAUUUGAACUUUUUUAUAAGCUGCCCUUUUUUGUCAUUCAGAGUUGCUCAGGCUGUGAUUUAAUUUAAUUGAUGUGUGUACGGCGCAUCCUGCGCAAAAACUAUUCUAGGUGGUUCUGUUAAUUUGUUUGACUGUUGUGCACUUUUUUGCUGUUUUUAAUAAAAGUUGUUUAUAUUGUGCACAGUAUGUUAUUAUUGUUCCAUGUUAAGUGUUUGGUAUUCAGUUUCUGAAUGGUGUAGCAAGCAAACAGUUUGGUGAUGCUGUCUGAGCUUUAAGUCAUGGUUUUAAUAAGUCAUGGUAAUACAGUAUAUGACAGUAAAAUGUGGAGACGGUAUGAUGGUAUCAAAAUCUGGAUACCGCCCAACCCUACUGUACACACACAAUACACACUCAGUAUGCAGGUUUAAUAUGCUCUGUAUGAAUUGGGGGAUGAAGUUUCAUUUCAUGACAUCACUUCCUCUCUGCUGUCACCAGGGUUACGGUCUCUUUGGUCACUGCAUUGUCCUCCUCAUCACCUACAACAUCCACUUCCACUUCUUGUUCUACAUCCUCUGGCUGUUGCUCGGAGGACUCUCCACUCUGCGCAUGGUGAGGACCGUGUUUCCCAUCAGCGCUCUUGCCCUCAACUAGGCCUGUCGCGAUAAUCAAUAAAUCGCCUGAUCGCUCAGUAAAUAAAAACGAGGUCGGUAACUUUGCCAGCCUCGAUAAUUAACGUGCGUUUGUUUGCACACACGCACACAGACACACACACACACAGACUUACUGACACAGUGCGGAGCAAACGCAAUGAAUGAUGAAACGACAGCUUUGGUGUCUAAGCCCAACGCAACAGCUCCAGUGUGGGAACAUUUCGGUUUCAAAUAAAAUGAAAGAGGUGAGCCCACAACCACGGACGAUAUGUUGCUUUUGUUCAAAAGUUUUGGUGACAAAGAAGGGGAAUACGACGAACAUGCAUGCGCACCUCAAGCACAAUCAUCCGUGGGGAUGAUUGUGCUUGAGGUGCGCAUGCAUGUUCUUUGUUGACCUGUUGAGGAAUAGCGCACAAAGCUAAUUAUUUAGGGCAAUUUUGUUUACAGACUCGAGACUCCACUUUAUUUAUUGUUUUAAUAGUUAUGUGUGGAGUGAAGUUUUUGUUCCGUACCAGAGACGAGGUCUAUUUUUUUAUUAUUUGUAGUUGUGAUUGUGGUUUUUAUUUGAAUGCAGUUUUUGAUAAAACAGAAUGUGGGUCCAUUUUAUUUUCAUUGCUUUUUGGUUGUCUUGUUUGUUUAUUACAUUUGUUCAUCCUAGUUCAAAGUUCUUAAUCUUGAGCAAUUAAAGUUUAUUGCUUUUGACAUGGUGUACUCGCAUUAUUAUGCCAUAUAUUAUAAUUAUCUAUAAUUUAAAAAACGGUGUCAAUAAUAUUGUUUAUCGGCAAUAAUUUGUCGCACAAUUAUCGUCCAGCAAAAUUUGUUAUCGUGACAGGCCUACCCUCAACUGUGAGCUCACCUACUUUUUGUGUCUUGUUGUAUUUAGGUGGCGGCCCUACUGUCUCGGGCGGUGGGUCAGACUCCUCGGCUCCUCCUCUGUGGGACUCUGGCUUUCCUCCACAUGCUCUUCUUGCUCUAUCUGCACUUUGCCUACCACAAGAUUGUAGAGGGUGAGGAACUACAACAUGUGACCUUGACUGUGUCGUUACUGAGGACAUAUGACUUUUAAAAGUUCCCCUGGCGAUGCUUUACUUAAUGUUUCUGAGUAUCUAGGUGAUUAAUGAAUGACUACUUUAACAUUGUUGUACGCCUGAAAUGCUGGCCAUAUUUUGUGUCUUAUCUGUGGUUGAGCCACCCCUGACCAACCUGGGCUGUAGCUGUGGUUUAUACCUACUUCUGUUACGCUUUGAAGAAACACAGAUGAUUUUGAUCUAGAAAAGGAAGACAAAAUUGCAUGCUUAUGGUGUCUGGUUUAAACAGGUUUGCAACCACUUGACAAGAGCAAUGUGUAGCCAGCACAGAUUUAUGGAUACUAACCUGCAAGGAGGUCCUGCAGGCUGUGAUUUCUAGUCCUACUUGAAACACUUAAUAAACCAGAUAAACCAGUAUUGUAACAAGAGUUCCCCUGCAGACUGUGAUCCUGUGUUGAGCUGUGGUCAAGAAUUAUGCUUAGUUUUGACUGGUUUCUUACCGUUAUACUACUUGGCAAGUCCUAAUCUGGGUGAGUCACUUUAAAGCUCCUAUUGGGAGUUUUUUGACAUUCAUGAAUUAGACUGACAUUCGUAUCAGUGCUUUUUCAUGUUAUCCAAAAGCAAACAAAACCAGAAGCAAUAAGAUUGAAUAUUUAUAUGUCCUUACUUUAAAAGCAUUGAACCAGUAUGAGGCCUUAAACCCAAAGGAUCUUUGUUGCAGCCCGGGUCAGUUGGUUCCAGUAUAUCGAAAACAACAUGCUCACAACAGGUUGUUUGGCCUUUCUGUGGUCGAUUUUCUGCUAAUUUGGAUUUUAUUCUGUGUUGAUUUUAUUCUUUACUGUUGGGCUUCUACUGUUUGUGAAAAAGCUAUGUGAUUUUAAAGUUUUGGUUUUUUGCAGGUUUACUUGCAUAGUAAACUAUGUUUCUUUAUGCUGUGCUGUUACCUUCAGACAGAGUUAGCACUUCAAGGUCUUGUUGGGUUUGACAUGGAUCAGGGGUUGGCCAUUGGAUUGUUCUGUGUUAUUGAUAAAUCCAUAACCGGAGCCUGUUUUGCCUUGCAAAGAUCCUCAAUUCUUGGUGCAAUGUUUGAUAAACAGCCACCAUCCGGUAGAGAGGCUAAAACCUCCGGUGGCAUACCGAGGAUCCUUACUCAUGCAUGCAGCAGCAGCAAUCAGAUGUAAACAUCGGUAUUAAGUGUAAUGAACUUCAUCACCAGAGUUUCCACUGUUUAACGGAGACCUCACAUAAAAUAAUGGAGGGAAAAAUGUCUUACCUUCAUUCUGUUGUCUAAAACAGUCAGCAUUAUCACUCAGCCAGCUCCAACAGUUUAAAAAUCCACCGAUAUUAUUCCCGUUUACAUCCUGUUUGAAUCCUGUUUACAACCUCACGGUCAGCGUCUCAUCCAUUUGCGUUUUUAGCGCUGUUUAGGGUCAGCCGGCUCAGUCGUUUAUUUCCUGGUCCUCUUCCACCGGGACACGGACCGCGUCUCGGUUCCGAUGCGGUGAGUUAGUCACGGCCUGUCUGGACCUGUGGUCUGGACUCCGUACCAGGUCCAGUGAUGCUCCUGCUGUCGGCCUCUAUCAGGACACCUGAAGCUGAAGCGAGCUUAAACUUUUUUUCACACAAUGCGAAUGGAUGAAACGCGCUGACCGCAAGAAACGGGAUUUGAAUAAUAUCGGUGGAUUAUUAAACUGCUGGAGGUGGAUGACUGAUAAUGCUGACUGUUUUAGACUCCAGAGUGAAGGUAAGAAAUAUUUCCUGAAGGCUUGAUCAGUUAGUUAUGUCUCUGCUCGGAUGUGUGGUGGACAGAGAUCAGGACGUUUAGUAUAUUUUGAGGUCAUGUUUCCUCUGUUAUUUUAUAUCAGAUCUCCGUUAAACAGUGGUGUGGUGUGAUGAGCCCCUGUGAAAGCUGUAGCUUUGUGAACACAGAUGGGUCUGUGUGGAUGGGAGGAGACGGAUGUGUUAAUGAGGGACUUUGGUGAUGAAGUUUAUGCAGUUAAUAUCGAUGUUUACUUCAGAUUGCUGCUUUGUGUGUUUGCGUGCGUGUGUGUAACGUUGUGAAGGAUCCUCGGUGUGUGAGCCUCUCUCCCUGCAGUGAUUGAUUGUCACCGGUCGGUCGAAGCAGGACGCUUGUCCUGCUUACUUGGUUGUUUGAGUGGCUGGGGCAAAAUAGUAGGAAAUUUUAUUGACACUUUCCAUGCUGUGCUGCAGCUUCUGGAUGAGGUAGGCUGUAAAUUGGUCUAUUUCAACUACUUGGGACUCUGCUACAUCUCCUUUGUACUAAUAGCCGGUGAGUUCAUCACUGGAGCUUUGAGACAUCACUGGUCUGCAUACUAAUUUUACAUUAAGUGCCCUUUAAACUACUUGGCAAGGAUUGAAAGUGUUUCAUUAAACCUGCCAGAGUCAAGCAGAGGUGCAGUGCUGUGUCAUGAUGGAUAAAAGACAACGUGUUCAGUAAAACUCAGAGUGCAAUCAUAUUGCAAAAACAAAGAUGCACAUCAACACUUUCAUUCAGACUUUAACUCAAGGUUUGUGUUGUUUAAUUAAAUGACUGCCUUAUUCAGCACUGAGUGAGGAGUGGGAGCCCGGACAGUCUGAUUUUAGAAAGGUUCCUCCUGUCAGUAUUUGUGUUACAGAAAGACUUUAUCUUUUGUAUCUUUGUGGUUUUAGGACUUCUGGACUCCCUUGAAGGACCUAACAUGGCUCCUAUGCAGCGGGUUGCCAGAGACGUACCUGAACUAACACUGAAUGCCACAGCAAAGAGCCUGGGGGUGCUGCUGAAGGCCCACUGAGUCCCCUGCUCUACUCUAAUACCACACCCCACAAAACAGAAACAUGUCUCCCUGUCAGAAAGUUUGUUAACGUCACUUUGAUUGUUAUUUGUUUGUAUAUUUUUUGACUCUCUCUGUGAUGUUUGGUUUUGGGUUUCUUUGUUUUCCAUGUUCAGAUGUAUUUAUAGUUUCUAAACAGAAACUUAAAUAAACUUUAUGGAUUGAGGGUCUGAGUUUUUGAGCUGUAAGUCAAAGCACAAUCAACAGGGUGCUUAUACUUAGAAGUCAGUCUGUUACAGUCCCUGAAACAAAGAGCUUUUUUAACAGAACCUCUUUUUACAUGUUUAUGAAAGCUCAGUUUCUGCUGUUUUUACAUAUGUUCAAUAAUUGAAUUGUGCAGUGAUAUUUAAGAUAAAGUUUGAAUAUAUUAAUAUCUAAAGUAAAAGUCUUGCAGUGCAGCUGCUCCUUUAUUUACUUUUUGUAAUUUUAGCGCUAAAACGAAAGAAAAAUUUACAUCAUUAAUUACAGGGCUUUGUAAACAUUAAUUAAAAUGAAUGCGGUAGGUUUGUACAUUAGGAAAAGCUGUAAUUUAAUUUGAAUUCCUGGAGAAAAAAAAAUAUCAGAUGUUGAAAAUGAAAAAUGUUUUGAUAUGAAAUAAACAGUGUAUACUGAUUUUAAAACUGUUAAAGUUGGAGCAGGGACAUGUAUAUCUCUUCAUGGCAUCAUUUUUUCCCUCUGCUCUUAAAAAUAUUUGGGGACCAAAGACACCAGUUUUCUGGAGUUUUAAAUGCAAAAUGUUCCAUUCUAGCCUGACAUGUAAUUUAUGAGGUAUCAAGCAAGAUGAUCCCUUUUCUCUUUAAAGUGAAUGACAUGGUAUCCUGGACAUCUAAAAAAAAAAGUCUAAUUUGGUUUGCCAGUUUAUAGAACUUUUCACUUUGCCUUACUCCAUCUGAAAUAGUCUCAGUACCUGACAUGUUAACAUAUGCGUUCCUCUUUGCAGAGUAAAGUUUUACUUUGUGUUUGUGGGCACUGUUUUCAGACCAUGGUUUUUUGAAGUAGUAUUAAACCCACACAGUGAUUUCCACUGCAGAGUCAGGUCUGUUUAUUAUGGAGUUCUGCCUGAGAACCUGAAGAUCACAAGCAUGAUCAGUAUUUAACCUUGGUACAGAAUUUUCUUCAGAUCCUCGGAAUUGUUCAUGUUCUGUAGAUGAUGAUAGUUCUUCUCAUCUGUAGUAAAGAGAGGCGUAGUCACUCAGAGACGCCCUUCACAUAUCCAGUCAUGUUACUCACUUGUUGUAAAUUUACCCAGUUAGUAAGGAGAUAGUCCUCUAGUAUUACACAGAUUUUGAAGUGUUUUGCUGUUCCUGUUCCAACAUUUUACUGGCAGCAAAUGAAUGUAUACCUUACAGAAAACAGUUGUGUUCAGUAUUAUCACCAGAUUAUGUUGUUUUAGCAGCAUUUUUAGUUACAGUUUAAAUAACUUGCGAACUAUCAGAAUCUGUUUUUAAAAAUAUUUCAUUCAGCCUCACGAUUUCUUUGAAAGUGAGAUUGUAGUAUCAUGUACAUAGGCACAAAUAAACACUUUAGGAACAAAGAAAUUACACUUUUUGGGUGUGCUACCAAUGUAUUUUUUUCCUCAAACUAUAGACAUUUCAUAUCUGAAGAAGUAAAUGUGACUUGAAUUUA